CGGGGUGGGAGAGGGAGCCAGGCUCGGCGGGGCGAGGCCCAGGGCCGCGCAGGGGCGAUGGAGGAGGCGCUGCUCUCCACCCCCAUCAAUCCCAACAACUUCCCUGCCAAGCUGUGGCGGCUGGUGAACAGCCCCCGGUACCGCUCGAUCCGCUGGGACGGCCGCGGCGAGGGGCUGCUCAUCGACCAGCCGCUCUUCGAGGCCGAGCUCCUCAGCCCUCCGAGCCCGGGGGCCGGGGCCGGGGCCGGGGCCGGGGGUGGCGGUGUGGCAGCCACGGGGGCCGAACCCGAGCUCUUCAAGACCACCAACUUCACCAGCUUCAUCCGCCAGCUCAACCUCUACGGCUUCCGCAAGGUGGUGCUGGGCGGGCCGGGGCCGGGGCCGGGGCCGGGGCCCGGGCCCGGGGGCCCGGCGGGCGACGGCCCGCUGCACCACUUCCACAGCCCGCACUUCCGCCGGGACCAGCCGCAGCUGCUCGUGCACCUCAAGAGGCUCACCAGCGCCAACAAGGCCAAGCUGGCGGCGGGCCUGGAGGUGCCCUGCCGGCCGCCCAACCGCUUCCAGCGGCUGCUCAUCACGUCGGCCUCAGCCUCCGCCACAGUCUCCGCCUCCACCUCCCCGCUGCAGCACCAGGAGUCACCGCCUCAGCCUGCCGGGCCCCGGCGGGAGCCGCAAGGACCAGUGGCUGUAGGACAGUUUCACCGAUCAUUCCGGCGAGAUAGUUUGUCUCCGUAUUCCUAUGUAUCAACUUCAUCCCACAACCACAGUACUUUCCCUCUGAAAGGUUUAGAUCGGACCCCGAUUCCUCCUAGAACAUGGCAGAAUUCCCUUGGGAUGCACCCUGGACAAGUGGAGACGUCUCCAACGUUUUCAGAUAAGGGAGUUCCAUUUCCUGUACUGCAGAGGUUUCCAACUGAGGUUACCUACACGCUGCAGCCCAGUGCCACAUCUGUGCAUGUUCAACAAGGUCCUCAAACAAUGGUCAGCUCCUCCCAAAAAUAUAGUAACUACACACCCUCAGCACAGUUCUCCCAAGCCUACUAUCCAACAGCUGUGCUACAGUGCUGCUCUCCUUCUACCCAUAUGGAUGCUCUAAGUAGUUGUGUCACUCCCACUGCCUCUUCCUAUGCACACUGCAACUACUUCCAGAAUCCUCCAAUGCAGUCCUCCUAUCCAGUUGAAUUUCUGCCUUCUAAUUGGCCUUGCAGUGCUACUGAUGAAAAUAAAAAGACAGAAGUAAACCUAGAGGCUGUCUUUCAGAUAGUAGAUGAGUUGCAUUCUUCCCCUAAAUUGGAAAUGGUAAAGGUGGAGCCUGUUGAGAAUCAGUGCCCUACAUCUCAGUCUAACAGAGGCCAACAUAUCCUAGCUAAUUCAAACAGCAGCAAUCCAUCUUCCACAAGUCAGGCUAGCCAGCUGGAGCCACUUACUCCUGUAGGCUCAGAUAUUACGUCUUUUGUGGUUGGAUCAGAUCAAGCAAUUGCCUGCUCUCUACCGCAGUCACCUGAGUACAUCUAUACCAUCCACACAGCCCAGCCUGUGGAAAACAGCACAAUGCAGGAAUCAGCAGCCAUCCAACAAGCUCAUAGCAAACUGAAGGAGCAGCUAAGCCAUAAUGCAUCUUCAUCUUCAGUAGUAUUUAUGCAAGAAGGGCUACCAUUUUGCACACAUCAGGUGGAUGCCAGUAUAAAAUGCCAGACCAAUCCACCGGAGAGUAUCUUGCCUUCUGAACAGAUGGGAUUCCUCAUUUCAGAAAUGGGGCCUGCUAGCAAGGCUAGUAAAGACACAGGUUUACUCACUCCAGCCAGAUACAGAGAGCGGAGAAGCAACUCACAACAAGGAAAGUCCCCUGAUCUUCAUCUGCUGGUGGACGUGGCCUGCAAGCAGGAACACUUUCCAAAGGAGGAAGAAUUCAAAGAGUGAGGAAUGGAUGACAGAAGUGACAUUGUGCAUUAGCUGUAGCUGGAGGCAGACCAGCCUUGCACAUGACACACUGUUGGGAUUUUUUCAGUUCUGUUAAGGAAAAGAAGUAUUUUUUGUUUUGUUAAUUGAGAAUUUUGUUAAUUGAAAAUUGGGAGUUUGGUAUUUAUUACAGCUGUUCAGUUCAGAUUAUUUACCUUGACAAACUACUAAACAUCUAGCAGCUAUGUUUUGUUUGCUGCCCAGAUCCCUUUCAGAUGUUAAGUCCAAGCCUUCUGUUACAGUAAGGAAGUAUCUACAGACUGCCACAUCUAUGGUACUGAAGCAUGUGUGGAGCACAGUGCUGAGUUGUCUUGCAGUUCUCAAACUGACAUCAACAGCACUCCAGCGGGGAGUUUAGUCUCUGUUUCAAGCAUGGUGUGAUCCUUGUAGAGAAGAUUGUGUAAGAAACAAAGACAUAGGAGGUCACCGAGAUCACAGGUCUAAAUGGGUCAGGAAUUCCAGGGAAGAAACUCUGGGGAAGAGUUAAUUUUCUAAGUGAUUAACCAGGAAAUUGUCUUAUUUCCUAACCCAGCAAUCUGUUUUAAGAGCAAGGCACCGGACUUGGACCAUCCAUCACACUUAACAGCCCCUGAUUCUUUUAUAUUAAUGAGAGCAUUUUUCUAUUUUCAUACCUUUCUUUAAUUUUAAUGAUACAUUAUCAUAAAUGCUAAGAAGGUUUUGUUAAUAUCACUUACUUAAGUGUCUUGUAAAAAAAUAUUUAACUUGUUUAAUUAUAUUUACAAAUGGUGUAGAUUUAAAGGUUUUAAAGCUUUAUAUUUUUAUUAAUAUUACAGAUAUGUAAUGUUCUCGUUUUGGAGGAGAAAUGUACAAUGCACAAACAAAAACUUUAAGAAUUUAAUGCAGUGUUUCUUAUUUUAGAUUUUUACAUUUGACAAGUAAAAAUCCUCAUCUAUAAAAAGUUGUGCAACUUUUGGGGGAAAACAUAACUGUCAUGUAGCAGAAGCUAUGCUCUGAUGUUUUUUUAAUAGUUUAUAUCUGGCUUAAAUUUCCAAAACAAUUUUGGAUAGUGGGAUAAACUAUUUUUUUCUUAUCCCUCUAUAGGAUUCUUAAUUCAAGUAGUAGGAUGGUGGGAUUGUUUUUAAGGAGAGGAGGGCAUCUUAGAAAUCCAGUUUUGUGGUUAACCCCUUGCUUGCCCAUUCAAUGACAACAAGAGCUCUUCUUAAAGUCUUUUAAACUGACUAGUACUAACUGUAUACUGCUUCAUUUUUUCUAAUAUGCACUGCAGAAACAAUAAGAAAACCUGAGACUAUGAAACUAAUAAAAAAGGCACUUAGUGAUAUGACAUAAUUACUAUACUAGCCACUGUGGAUGUUAUAGCUCAUGUUUUAUUUUAUUGCACUGUGCCUCCCCAGUGAAGUCAAGCCCAGGAAGUAUUACAGAGACCUAGAUUUUUCUUUUUCCAGAGGGGUGAGCUCUGUAUUAGUCUGCAGUGACUUGGUUUACAUAUGAAAAUAGAUUCUGAAAAGUGAUCUGUCUGAUUUCAAGUGAUUAAAACUAAUUCAUGUCCAUGUGAUGGGUAUUUAUGUAUCUUUCUUAGCAAGGCUUUAAAAUGAACAAAUUAUCAAGACAUCUAUAUCUUUUGGCCAGGUUGUAUAUUUUGGCAGAGUUGGUAAAAAGAAGACACAGUUUCCUAAUGAAGGAACUUUUUCUUUUCUCUGUCAUAUUGAAGAGCUGGUAAACAGUGUAGGUGAUAUUCAUUCUCUUCAAUAUGCUUUUCUCAGCCCUAUAUUGUUGAAAGAGAUAAUAUCUUUUGAGGAACAUGUGUCAAGCAGGAACCUUGGCAUAGGUUUGGUUUCAGUGGUUUUAAGGCUUAAUUAAUGAAAUGCCUUGAUGGGCUUUCCAAAGUUUUAUGUAUAUGAAUACAACAAACCAAGGAGCUGGAUCUCCUGCUAUAUUCACAUUCACAUCUGUCAACAAAAGCUAUCAUCAGUGACUUGGGCAAAAUGGUAAGAGGUAAAAAUCUUCAUGUGAAUUAGCCAGUAGGAUCUGACACAUACUAACAAGGUUCCUGAUUAGCACCUCAGUAUUUCAGCACCUUAAGCACCAAUAAAUUUCAAUCAGUCAACAAUAAAGUGAGUGUUUCAACUAGA